AUGGGAGCUCUUCUUCUGCCAGCGUUAAACGGACAGAUUGACUUCUUUAACGGCCUAUAUUUCAACUUCUUGUGCCUUACUGCAAUCGACUUUGGGCAACUGGUCCCAACAAGGGUCGCAUUUUUACCUAUCACCUUCCUUUAUGUGUGCUUAGGAUUGGCAAUAACGACAAUUGCGAUAGAUGUCGGAUCGGAAUAUAUGAAAAAACUGCACUAUCUCGGCAAGAAGAUGAAAAACGCAGCGUCGACUAAAAUCUGGUUUGGAGGGAAGACGUUAAAAGUUAGAGACCUUCUUCAUGCUGUGGGAAAGAAGUGCGGUGUGGAGCCUGGCAUGAUUGAUGCUUUGGAUCUCGAAAACGUUGUCGAGCGAACUAUUGCCAUUCAGGAAGGCCGAGAACCACCUCAUGACACUAACGAGGACCUUCUCGAAGAAAAGCGUCCGCCACCCGAAACGAAGUCUCCACCUUCGCCUGAAAAGGAACCUAGUGAGCCAAGCUCAUCUGAAGACAGUCCAUUUCUUCCAGUCCGGGUCAAAUGUGUGCCGGACUUGAUAAUAAAGAAUCCUGUCUUCCAACCACCAAUGGAAGUCUGCCGGAUAGAGGUGCCGGAGGAAGUCAGUGCUGAAGAAGUCGAAGAACCUCAUGUCAUAGUCGUGGAACCUCCAGCUGCCUUGGAAGAUAUUCAGCUUGUCGAACCAAUUCCGUUAGUGCCAAUUAUUCUUGCUGAUAAUGAAGCCACAUCAACGAGCAAUUCUCGUCAACAUUCCCGAUCAGUGAGUCCUGAGGAUCGAGUGCCGAAGAAAUUCAAGGAGAAAAAGGAGAUGUAUGGACGGGAUCCAAGGAAGCUGUUCGAAACAUAUCAGGAAGAAUGGGAUAGAUUAGAAAGGCUUUCGGACAAAAGGAUUAUCCCGAAACCGCGAAAGAGUAGUAAGUCAUAG